AUGAAUUACUCAAAACUAAGUAACAGUUAAAAUGAAUAAUUGCAAUAAUAAAUCUAAAAGCCUUAAGGUAAUGAUCAACAGAUUCAAUUCUAAACAGAUCCUGAAAAAGUCUUAUAAAUCAGCUCACUCUAGGCAGAAUGUGUGAAUCUUAAGAAACAAAUAUAGGAUGUUGAAUAGUAGAGAAAGGAUGAUCUAAAAUCUUUUGAGAAAAUGCUUGGAGAAGGAGUCAAUGAAACUUAAGUUAUUGGUUUGACUUCUGAUAAAUAGUAACUCUAAUCUGAUUUAAGACAAUUACAAAAUAAAUGUGAUCAAUUGUAGUAAGAACAAAUCGCAUUGUAGAAUUAAUUACUUUAGAAGAACAAAUAAAUUGUGGAUUUACAAGAUGAAACCAAACAAAGCGAGAAGGAAGAACAAAUUCGAGGAAAGGAUAACGAAAUUAAACUCUUGGAACAACAAAACUUAUAAUAAUAGAACUUAACUCCUGGAGGAUAAAAGGAGAAGAUAUUACAAUAAACCAAAGAAAUACAUGAUUAAGAAGAAGUGAUUAAUGAACUUCAACAGAAGGUGGAAACUGAGGUGCCACAACUUUAAGGUCAAUUAAGUGAAGCUUAGGAGAAAUUGAAAGAUGCACAAAAGGAUGCAGAAUUGUGGAAUAAAAAAGCAAAUAAACUUAAGUUCAGAACAUUCUUGCCUCCAGAAGAGAUUGAAAAAUUAAGCUCUGAAGAAGCCAAGAACGCUCUAACAUAAUUGAACAAGUAAUAUUCAGAUAAAGCUCAAGAGAAUAAAGAAUUAGAGAUGGUUGUUUAACACCUUCGAUAAGAUUUGGAUUCUUCACAAGAGAAAGUAUAACAGCAAGCUAAAGAAGCACAAUAAGAAAAAUCUGUACUUGAGUAAUAAACUUAACUCCUUAAUAACUAACUCAAAGAUUUAGUGGCCAAGGAGGAAGUUCAAAGACAAGAAAUCUUGGAUUUGAAAAAUAAAUUGGAUUAAGAGAAUGCUGACUUUUGGAAGAAGUAAUAUUAGUAAUUGUCAGAAAAGCAACCUGAAAUUAGUUCAACAUAGGCAGGAGAUUUACAAGAACAACAAGUAUCUUAACAAGAAAGAGAAGUAAAACCUAAGGAAAUUUUGAAUGAAGAAAGAAAUUAAAUGAUAUGUAAAAAGAAAAUGAAGAAUUGA